AUGAGGGAAGAGAGGCUAGUUUAUGCCAUAGAUCUACUUAGAGAAGAAGCCUUCAAAUGGUGGGUACAAGAAGAAGAUGAUAGGAGGUUUUACAAAGAGCCAACCAUCAAAACGUGGAGAGCUCUUAAGGAAGCCAUGAGACAUGAGUUUGCACCAGAGUUUACAAGUUCUGAAAUUAAGGAACUUUAUCCAAGGAGGUAUCCAACUCAUGGUUCCAAAGAAGCUAGAAAAGUUGUUGCACAAGAGAGUAAGAGAGGCUGUUCUCAACAAGCCAACUUGCAACCAAGCCAGGGGCACACCAUUGUCCAAUGCCUAGACCAGAAAAGUGACAUCCCAAAGGCCAUGGAGAGUAGAAGUAAUGUUAAGACAGGUCCUGAGGUCCAGCAAGAUCCGAACUCCACAUCCUUGUUUGAAUCCAAAGUUCACAAAGAAUUAUUUCCAAGGAACAAGGAGAUUUUAGACCUCAAAGAGGAGGACACAUCAAGCCAAGGAAUUAAGGAGCAAGAACUUAAAAGAGAAGACCCAGUUUACCAGCAUGGCAUUGCUAAAGAGGAGGAAGCCAUAAGGAUACCAGAUGAGAGCUCUAUGUGGUACCGAGACGUGGAGGAGAGAGCGACGUCGGAGCUGCCGCUCUUCACCAUCACUCGAUGCUGGAAUAUAUCCACCGGAGAUCCACACCGUUACCAUAUGAGCCGUACCAAACCACCAACGUCGAGAGAUCCGAGCAAAUGA